AUGUUGCUUCGAUCAAUAUUGCGGCCCAGGGCACUCAGGCCCGCAGUGUUUCGCUCGAUUCGCCUCCACUCAUCUGUGCCCCUCAUCCAAAUCGAGGAUGCAACAUUCUACAAACAACAUCCCGAUACGAAAGAUGUACUCAAUCCACCCAUGUUCCCGCAAUUGAACUUCUCGCUCCCAACAGCACUACGUCCCCGGUCUCAUCACUGGGCUAUAAUCGGGAAUAAGAAUCAAACGGAUCUCCUUGAUAUCCUCCGCGGCCAACACAUCAGCGAUCCGCCCGAUGCGCGUUCAUACCCAUACCUCACAGACAAGAUUUCCCCCAAGGAUCCACAGUUGCGCACCGUGUCAGAUGCAAUUCAAUAUGUUGGAUUCAAUGGGCAAGACUCCGGGUCUGCUAGUGGAACCCGUGGUGCAUACCUUAGUGCGCGAUAUGAGAGCUAUCGGGAAGAGACGGACUGGACGCUGCAGCGAUUCCUGCGCGGUCAGACCUCUUUGAACCCUGCAGAGGGAGAAGAAAAAGGAGUUGUACAUGAUGAAAAGUUAUUCGGCGAGGUUAUCGCCGACCUUCACCUAGGACAUUUGCUCGACAUGCCCAUGCAAAAUUUGAGUAAUGGCCAAAUGCGCCGAGCACGGAUCGCCAAGGCGUUGUCGAGAAAGCCGGAGCUUCUGCUCCUUGAUGAGCCGUUCAGUAAGUUGUCUUUUCCCUAUCAUGAGCACCAUGGUUCUAAUAGCUUAACAGUCGGACUGGACCCGGCUACAGUAAAGAGUAUUUCCAAGCUUUUGUAUCGGCUGGCGAAGAAAUGCUCACCGCGUUUUGUUCUGGCUCUUCGUCCUCAGGAUCAAGUGCCAGAUUGGAUCACCCAUACCAUGAUUCUGGGUAAUAAUUACAGCGUUCUCCUGCAAGGCGAAAAAUAUGAUGUCCGUGAAGAACUAGCGGACUGGAGUCCUGUAUUGCAAUCCGCAAAACGUCCACGGCGAAAACUGCCUAAUUCUGUCAGCAAAGCCUGGGAUCACGUGGAAGCCGGCACCUUGGAUAAGGAGAUGCUACGAGACUUGCUCAAUAUGAGGGAGAAGUUGAUCGGGCCAGUCAAGAGGAGGUCACUGGAAGGCGAAGUUCUCAUUGACAUGGCCGGUGUCCGCGUUCAAUAUGGAGACAAGACUGUCCUAGGUGGCUGGAAGUCAAUAUUGAAUGGCGAACAGAAAGAGGGAUUGCACUGGCGAGUGCGCCGAGGGCAACACUGGGCUAUUCUUGGAGCCAACGGGUCGGGUAAGACCACAUUGCUAUCAAUGAUUACAUCGGAUCACCCACAGACCUAUGCCCAACCCGUCAAACUGUUCGGUCGUUCCAGGCUUCCUGAGGCUGGUACACCCGGGAUCUCAAUUUUUGAACUCCAGUCUCGAAUGGGUCACUCAUCUCCAGAAAUUCACGCCCUCUUCCCCCGCAACAUAACCAUCCGCUCAGCACUUGAAUCUGCCUUUGCUGAAACAUUUUUGGCUAAACCAAAAUUGAACACCCAGCUCGAUAAUCAGAUCGAUGCUUUCUUGAAAUUCUGGAGGCACGAGCUAGAUCCGAAUUACGAUCCAAAAGAAAGGCCAAUAGUCUCAACACAGCACUUCCCCGUUCCAAACAGAAGCUUCCACUCGGAGGGAUUACUCCCGAUGGAUUUCUUCGUCCAGUAUGCGGAUCAAAUCACGUUUGGUCAGCUCAACAUCGCGCAACAACGUAUCGUGCUCUUCUUGAGGGCUCUGAUCAGCAAACCAGAUAUUGUUAUCCUCGACGAAGCACUCUCCGGACUGUCUGCUUCACAGCGCAACAUGUGCAUGGCAUUCCUUUCUCAUGGCGAAAAUGCCGAACUUGCUCUCAACAGAAGACGCAAAGUCGAAAACGCCAGCCCCACAUUCAAAGGUAUCACAAGUGAUCAAGCACUGAUAGUGAUAAGCCACGUGCCAGAGGAGAUCCCAGACAGUGUCCGUUUCUUUAUGCGCCUGCCGUCAGAUCCUGGUGCCGGUGCUGAGCCACUCGAUUUCCGUUUAGUCACUCUGGCCACUUUUGAUGCCACGCUGGCAUCCCCCGAAGGAUGGGAACAAGCAUGGCUUCCCCCUUCAGAGUUUGAGCAGAUAGCCGAACCUCCCAAACUUCGUCGCAGCCGGCAGGAUGUGGUAAAUAGCCCAAAUGCUGAGAUCCAGGAUCCACUUGAGUUUGGAUGGUGGACUAUUUAG